AACUAGUUCCGCAAUCAUCACCAUAGAAUCUGAAUUAGACUGUUAAAUUUUUAUUUAAUGGCAUUUUUCAUUUUAGAAAUUCACUCCCCUCUAAUGUUGCUAAUUACAACUCAUCAUAACCAUUUAUAUGGAUUAUUAUUAUUAUUAUCAUCAUCAUCAUGUGUUAAGGUUACAAGCUGGCUUAUACCUGUUUAUCCGACAUAGUCGUGAGGUAAUGUACUGAACUAUCUAUUUGACCUAGAAGUUUAUAUGAAAUUCUAAAUAGUGGCUAGUUACAUACAUUUUCAAAAGGGAUUUAGCCCCCCUAAAACGUUUUGUUCUUUGUAUUCAGUACUCCUCAGGCCCCUAAAUUAAACCAUAGCAUAUCAAAAUUGAGAUAUUUUUUAAUUGAUAUUAGUUUCUCAGUACUAGGUAUACUCCUAUGUUCUUUAUUUAAAAAAUAAAUAAUAAUAAAAUAAAAUGAAAAAAUACAUCCUGUGGUCUUUUGUUUGUUCAUGGUAACUAAAGUUUGUGGAUGGUGUGUCUGUAACUCUUUCUUUUGGUCUCUGGGUGACGCUCUUAUGCUAUACACAGCUUAGCAAGUGAUCUCAUCUGUGCCGUGUGCCCUGAUUCAGUAUAAUCAGUGUUACACAGUGAGCAAAGGAGGGGAGGAAUGAGGGAUAGAUGGGAGGGGAAUGCCAUAGGCAUGCAGAGGAAGGGAGAGAUGAAAAUAAAAAUUUAAGCCGACAGGAGCAGUCAUUAGAGUGCAGUGUCUGCUCCAGCUAUUUGAGGAUCUGUUCAGAAUGCGCUUUGAUCGUCAUUAUUUUUAUUCUUUUUCAUUUAAAUAUAGCCAUUAAUAUUUCACAACAUGAUUUGUUUGACAAGAUGCGUUUGGGCCAAUUUCUGUCUUCAGCUUUGUUUCUCGUUCAUUUGCAUAUGUGGCACUCUCAGUGAAGUGCGUUAUUCAGUUCCAGAAGAGAUGCAGCGAGGCUCUGCCAUUGGCAAUGUGGCAAGAGAUUUGGGAAUAGAUGUGACUGAGCUCGUGAGGCGCAAUGCUCGAGUUGUUGCUGAAGGUAGCCGACAGUUUUGCGAACUGAGCACAGAAACAGGCUCUCUGUUGGUGAGUGAGAGAAUGGACCGUGAGGAGCUGUGUGUGCAGUCUGCGCCAUGCGUCCUGCAAUUCCAGCUGCUCCUGGAAAAUCCGCUCAAAGUGUACAGUCUCCUCUUAGACAUCCAGGACAUCAACGAUAACAGUCCGACAUUUGAAAAUGGUCAGAUUGAGCUGGAGCUACUGGAGUCAACGGACCUGGGGAGGCAUUUUCCACUUGAAAGUGCUCACGAUCCUGACAUAGGAGCUAAUUCAGUUCAGCAUUAUCAACUCAGUGAGAAUGAAUAUUUUGCUUUGGAAAUGUACACCCAGGUGGACAGAAAUGCAUAUCCUGAACUGGUUCUUAAAAAGCCUUUGGAUCGAGAAAACCAAGCGGAUCAUUUUCUGACUCUAAGUGGAGUGGAUGGUGGCCGACCUUUUCGUUCUGGAGCGGCAUCAAUUCAUAUUCACGUGUUGGAUGCCAAUGAUAAUGUUCCUGUGUUUGGUCAAAGUGUGUACAAAGUCAGUGUGCAGGAAAAUUCACCUCGAGGCACCGUGUUGGUUAAAUUAAAUGCAACAGAUUUAGACAGUGGGAUUUAUGGGGAAAUUAGUUACUCUUUCAAUCACAUGCCUGAUAAGAUGAGGGGGGUUGUGGAGGUCGACCACGUGACAGGUGAGGUAAAGGUCAUGGUUGCAUUGGAUUAUGAGCAGGCCAGUUCUCACGAGCUGGAUCUACAAGCCAAAGAUGGGGGCGGACAGUCAUCUCACUGUAAACUCAUAAUAGAUGUGAUAGAUGUGAAUGACAAUUCACCUGUUAUUGUUGUUAAAUCAACUACUUCUACUGUGCCAGAAGAUGCUUCACCUGGAACCAUGGUGGCUUUGCUGCACGUUUAUGACCUUGAUACUGGCACCAGUGGAUGGGUCACAUGUAAGAUAUCUGAUGAUGUGCCAUUUAAACUUGUGUCAGAGGUAAAGAAUUACUUCAUGCUUGUGAUUGAUGGAGUUUUAGACCGUGAAAAGUGUCCUCAUUAUAACAUAACCAUGACUGCUGUGGAUGCUGGCACACCCCCUUUAUUCAGCAGUAAAACUGUAGCCAUAACAAUCACAGACGUUAAUGAUAAUCCUCCUAUUUUUAGACACAGUGACUACAGCAUCAAAUUUGUAGAGAAUCAGCCUCAGGGAACCCUGGUUAUUAAGGUCAGAGCUGAGGAUGCAGAUGAAGGCCAGAACGCAAGAAUUCUGUAUUCUCUUCCGGAAGAUGCCGCCUCUCAUCUUUCAAUCAACGCAGAAACUGGAGAGAUAUUUACUCUGCGCCCCUUUGAUUACGAAUCAUCCACUCACUUUCAUGUUCAGGUUAUGGCACGUGAUGAAGGCAGGCCAUCGUUCACUAGCACAUGCACUGUCCAGAUUUUUAUUGCAGAUCAGAAUGACAAUGCUCCAGUUGUUCUUUACCCAGUUCAGUUGGAUGGGUACCUUGCACAUGACAUUGUUCCCCGAGCUGCUCCUGCAGAUUAUCUAGUCACCAAAGUGGUUGUGAUUGAUGCAGACGCAGGGUAUAAUGCAUGGCUGUCCUAUCGAAUUGUAAAAGCCACACAGCCUAAUUUGUUCUCCAUUGGACUGCACUGUGGAGAAAUUAGGACACUAAGGCCAUUUGCAGAAGGUGAAGAAAUCAAACAAACCUUGAUAAUCUCUGUAAGUGAUAAUGGGCUUGAAUCUUUGUCUGCAACUGCAACUGUCAAUAUUAUAAUAGAAGACGGCUUGCCUAUCAUCGAUGAGCUCGUUGCACAUGACACAGAUAAAUUACAUGGAAACAGUGACCUUACUUUAUAUUUAAUAAUGGCUCUGGCAGCCAUGUCCAGUCUUUUCCUUGUGCUCAUCAUUGCCGUGGUCUAUAUGAGAUUAUGUAGAUAUCGAUACAUGUACCGUUCAACUACAAACUUACCCGUUUUUCCUCCUACCUAUGGACCACCUGGCUACUCUGAUGUGAGCUGCUUCAAUACUCUGCAGAAAGAUGAUCAAUAUAAUUCAUUCUUAACCACAGGCUCAUGGAAAAGGGACUUCAGAUUUGGCUCUGACUUUGUAGAUUUGGACAUGCUGAAUAAGAGAGGGACAUUGUUGCAUGUGAGUGGCCACAGUGCCACACGUGCAAAGCUAUUGGUGCCACAUAAACUCUAACUCAGAUGGUUUGACCCUGACAAAGAAAAUCCUUAUCAACAAAUUGUACUGAAAAUCCUUUAAUCAAACAAAUGACAAAUGUUCAUUAUUAUAAUGCACGUCUCUCAAAGUCCAUCACUUUAAUGUUGUAUGUUCUUUUCUGCUUUAAUUUAGCAUGUGACAAGAUUUUUACACAACUUGUAAACCCAAACUCUAAAAAGAUACUUUUAUUGUAUGUUGAUCUGCUCUAACCCAGACAGCAUGCAGUGUCGGCCCAGAUACGGCCCCCAUCUGUCCUGCAUGGAUUUCACGUGGGCCAGAUGUGGGCCAAAUCUAUGCCAACACUAUGAUGCUGUCUGGGAAAUGUGUGUGUACAGUUUGCAAGGAGUUUUGGUCACUUUAUUUAGAAAUCAAUAGUAGUUCAAUUUGUUUGGAUGUUUACUUUACAUUCUUUCACAUAAGCACUAUUUUAUCUCUUUUAAUCAGAGAGAUUCAUUUCUCUUUCUGUACUCUAGAUCUUUGGGAGGUGGGGGGUGUAUGCAUAAGCUGUUGUAUCAUGCUGUCUCCUUUCUUAUCUGUUAUUGUAAAAUUCAGUCUUGUAUGUGCAGUUUGUUACUAGUGACUUUAAACUUAAAAAACAAAUAAUAAAUAUUUCCUUUGAACCAUGGUAUAACAUGAACCAUGCAUGUACUUAUUUAUACAGAGAUCAGUUUUACCAUUUAUUUUGACAUUUACUCUGAAUAGUGCUAUUUAUGUGCAUUAUGUGCUUUGUAAAGUGACUUUCAGUUCUAGAAAAGGAGUUAUGUCAUAAAAUUAGUUUAUCAAAAGGACCACACUCUUAGUGUCUUCCUUAAACUGGAAAUAAGGUAGUACUACAUGCAACAUUCAACAGUCUCCCCAGUGUUCCAGCAUAUCUGACCUGUUUUUAUUUGGAGAUUUUUAUUUUGUCUUGGCUCAGAUAUGUUAUCUCUUUAAAUAAGCAGUGCGACGUUAGGAUUUGUUUAUGCAUAUGCUUAUCUUUCAGUCCAGGUAGCAUAAGAUUGUAAUGUGGCCUUCAAGUCGUUCAAAUUUUAAGGAUUACUCUAAAGUCUAGUCUAGAGUUACACUUGUCAUAUCUGCCUUCAGUUAGUAAUACAUUGUUGUUAGUAUCAGUUUCGCUCUAAAGCAGGGAUUCUUAUUGCAAAGUUUAAAAUUACUAGUGUGAAAUCUUUCUAAACCCAAGGGAAAAAAUUGGCUAAAGAUCAUAGGCACCGAUCCCGUGGGUGCUCCGGGGCUCAAGCACCCACAGGGAAAACUCAAGAUAUUCCGUAUUCACUAUCAUAUUGGUGAAACAGAUCUGGCAAAUUAUCCAGUUAAUAUUGGUGUUUGCACUCUGGAGGAGUCAAAAGUUUCAUUUAUGUCUUGUUUUCUGCCGCCAAUCACAGCCAUAUCUGUUGAUUUCUUGAAUGCAAUUUGCCAAUCAGAGGCAUUUAAUUUAGAAUCCUCUCACCACUCAAAACAUCAAAGCCAGUGCUGGGUUUUCCAAGAAUCCUCUCAUUAUAACAAAACUUCCUGAGAUCGCGAUGUACUAAAACAAGAAACAGCUUUUUAGUGAUUAUAAAGGGAGUGCUCUUUAUAUGCUUUCUAGGCUAUAUUAUCCAUUUAGAUUUGUAUGUAUUUUUAUUUAUUUUUUUCAGCUACACAAGCCUGCAUGCCACAAAGUUUCGGGAAUGACAUCCGCAUAUUAAUACAGUAUUCACACUUGAAAGAGCAAUAGACAAAACAAAAAAUAAACAUGAAAAUAUAUGUGCAUUGAUGCUAGAGCAUACUCACUAAUUUCUGAAAUUCCCUCAGUAUUUAAUUCUGGAACCGGACCUGGAUAAAACUGUGUUUGAGCAGUUAUCAUUAUAAGUAGCUCAUAUCUAGUUUUAUGUGGCAGUGUUUCAAAGUCUGAAAAAUGUGUUAAUUUCCUUUGUGAAAAUCUCUAUACACUUAAAGUACACAGUAUCCACACGGGCUUCCUCACCCUUACAAAAAUGAACCAUAGUUUUACUGCGAAUGAAACAAAAAAAAAAUAAUAAUAAUAAAAAAGGUUACUAUAAUUAAAACAUGGUAACCACAAAUUAAUCAUAGUUUAACUAUGGUAUUUGUAAUAAAACUAUGGUUAUACAAAUGGCAAUCAAUACACUAAAAAAACAUGGUUACUACACUUUUACUGUAGUAAAACCAUGGUUUAUUUUCGUAAGGGUGAAUACUCCUUGCAUCUGUUUAUUUAAUCAAAUGUGUGGAUUAUUUGGUUUUAUUUAGUGUGAAUAUCCAGUUUCAACAGCUCUGAUAAGCUAAUAAACAUCAUGAUUUGUGACGAGCCGAUGUUAACUUUUUUCGUUAAUCAGAACACAAAAUAUUUACCCCGUUUGUGUCUGUGAGGCAUUCGUUACAUAUUUCCCCUGUGUGUUAAAGGGUUAGUUCACCCAAAAAUUUGAAUUAGCCUGUGUUUUACCCUCGAGGCAUCAUAUGUGUAUAUGACUUUCUUCUUUCAGACGAAUCCAGUCAGAGUUAUAUUAAAAAUUGUCCUGGCUAUUUCAAGCUCUAUCAUUGCAGUCAGUGGGUGUUGCAGUUGAACAGUCCACAAGUCCACAAGUAUGACAGAUACCGUAAGUGAGAGAAAAGUGAUUAUUACAUUUGAAAUAUGGCCAUUUUUCUUACACAUGGAUUCACUUCAGGAGGCCUUUAUUCACCCCCAGAGCUGUGUGAGGCACGUUUUAUAAUCGAUGCACUUGCUUUAUUUGACGACUUGUGGACUGUUCAACUGCAACACCCACUG